CAUAAGUGUAAUUUCAUUAUAUGUUAUUAUCAAAUGACAAUUUGUCUGGAUAUGCUUUAAUUAAAUACACAACCUUUUUUUUUUCAAUCACAUGGGGAUAGGAAAUAACAGUAUUGAUUUAUUUAUUUUAUAUUGAUAAUGAUGUAAGAACCGCCCUGGAACUCAGUUUGCUUUUAGAAUUCAACACGCGUACACUCGGCUAUCUUUGGAAAUCUACACCGUAAUUUGAAUAUUUUCCUUAAAGGAUCUGAAGAUAGGAUUUUUUUUUUUUUUUUUUUUGGAAAAUGAGCGCAGACAGAGCAAACUUCCUCUCCCAACCUGUUGUAAAGAAUGUGCUGGUGUAUCGGAACGGUGACCCGUUUUUCGAAGGCCGACGACUGGUGGUAAAUGAGAAAAGGGUGUCCAGUUUUGAAUCUUUCCUGACAGAAGCGACUGGUGGGAUUCAGGCGCCCUUCGGGGCUGUGAGAAACAUCUACACACCAAGAGCCGGGCAUCGUGUGGGCGCGCUGGACGAUCUGCAGAACGGAGAACAGUAUGUAGCGGCGGGCAGAGAGAAAUUUAAAAAAAUUGAUUACCUGCAGAUAGGAACAAAGAAGAAAAAACCCACUCAGAAUAACACUUUGCAGAUAAAGCCAGUGGCCCACAGUAGGAUUGUUGUAUCUGCAAGAUUUCUGAGACCGAUUCAAGAGCCAUGUGCUAUUUUUGUGAUUGCAAAUGGAGACAUCUUAAAUCCAGCAGUCCGGCUAUUAAUACCAAGCAGAAUUCUUUCACAGUGGGAACUUGUCCUGGAAAUGAUUACUGAGAAAAUGAGUCUCAGAAUUCUAGGUGCUGUACGAAGCCUUUCCACUUUGGAUGGAAACUUUGUCAGUGAUGGAAAACAACUGGAAAAUGGGCAGUUUUAUGUGGCAGUUGGGCGAGAAAAGUUUAAAAAGCUUCCCUAUGGUGACUUCAUUUUUACUAAACCAGCACCAAUAAGAAGAUACAAAGGGUCCAAGACAUCUUCCCUACCUCCUAUUUUUAAGUUUAGAAAGCAUAAGGAGAGUGUGGAAGAUCGUCAGAGCAAAUCCACUGGCGGUUCGAGCGAUACAGGGGACCCACUGGCUUCGCCUCAGCCCCCAAAGAUAAAAGGGAAGAAGGCACAGUUCUCAGCAGCGAAUGGUGCAGUUUAUCAUGGGAAACCAGUGAAGGUGAACCGGAAUAAAAAUGAAAUCGCCUCAAACUUCCACACUGACACUGAAGACGGUGUGUUUAAGGCAUACAAGGAGAAACUUGAGACAAGAGGAGCCGUGGAGGUUCAAGAAGAUGAAGACCUGCAAGUGGAGCUUCCAGUUGACCAGAGACGGGCAGAAACAGUAGAUGAAGAAGAAUAUGUAGAAGAAACUUUGAAGGAUGAGGACCUACUUGAAGAAAACAAAUGGGAAAGUCAAGUUCAUGGUGGCCAAGAGGUAGAUGGAAGUACCGAAGAGGAUACUGUUGCCAGCUGGAGUGACCAUGAAGAAAACCUUAUUAAUAAUAACGAAGAGGGCAUCAACAGGGCAUCAGAGGAGCCCCCUCAGGAUACACCAGAGGAGCCCUCUCAAGAGAUGUCAGAGCUCGAGGAGGAGGAAAGCAGAAAGUCUUCCAGUCCUUUAGGAAUAGAAACUCCAUCCAGUCCAGAAAGCCAAAUGACAAGCCCACGGAGGAGUGAAAGUGCAGACAAAACUGAUGAAUAUGCUCUUGUGGCUUAGUGAGCCCAUCAAUCAGCUAUAUUACAGCACAACAGAAAUAUAUCAUUGGACUGAACAUGCCUGAACUGCAAAACCUAUAAACUACCUAGAACUCUACUAUCUUGUGCAAGAUAAUCAUCAUGGGGAUCACAGGGAGAUAUGCUAUUAACAUAAGCUAAGUAUAGGAUGUUGUAGGGUGGAUAUCUGUGUCUAACGAGUGCAGUACGUUAAUGUAUUUGUCUAAUGAACGUGAUAGAGCCUUAGCUAAUGUCUGUCAGAGACACCAGGGAGUGAUAUGGAGGCUUUUUAAUUAAGUAUGUAGACAUGGCAAUGCCAUACAGUAGCAGCAUUAUUGUGUAUAUGGUAAUUUAACCUCCCUAGGAUCUCAUUUAACAUAGUGUCAUUUGAACUAAACGAUGACUGUUAUAAAACAUUAUGGUUUAACCUUCUAUUAGGCUUCAGGCUCCUGAAAGAACAAUUGCUAUUAAACUGUUAUAUUUGGAGAUUGUUGGCCAGUGACCACAGAUAGUCCUGUAAGGAGGUUAUAAUACCUUCAGUACAGAAUACAAACUGGGUAUACAUACUAGAUUUACAAAUAAGGAUCGGUGGGAUCAGGUUUUUUUUAAAUGUUUGUCUUAUCUAUACAUAAAUGUUUCUUGUGCAAAACUUAAACUUUGCAUAACUUUUCAAUGGGAGCACAUCAUGCACCCAUAAACAAAGGCUGGGCCAAAUCAACUUCAAAGUUAAUUAGCCAUCUAGUAGAGUCUGUCAGGGCUGCUGUCUUACCCAUUGUGGCAGGUUAUCCAACCUGUAUAUAUUACAGAAUAGGGAUGCAAUUUGAAUAUCUAAUGGACUGUUAAAUUACAUGUAUUUCCAAUUUAUAGUCUAGCCUAUAUCUAUAUCUAUAUCUAUCUAUGUCUAUGUGUAUAGGCAGUACUAUAAUGUAUGAGCAUAUGAUAACCUUGAGUAAAAUAAAUGUUAGAUAUACUGGCCUCCGAUUCCCUGUUUAAACUAUCUAAUAAAAUGCCUUGUGAUUGUGUUCAAAAUGUAUUGUGUUGAAAUACACAAGUUGCCUUACUUAUUUGUACUUGUUCUUGCAUUUUUUAAAUUAUUAUUACUUUGCUAUCUGACUUGCACAUCAGAAAAUCACGGAAUUUUGAAAAUGCCAAAUUAAUUUAAUGAAUUGGAUUAUCGAUUUGUGAAAUAACAAGGAAGCAUUGUAUAAAUAUAACAGAUGGCUUGGAUCAUUCUUUAUUAAGAUAAUAUAAAAUAUUGGAGUUUUAGAUGACAACAAAACAAGCAUUUUUCUUAUAUAGUAUUUUCUUUUACAGUAUUUCAUGACAGAAUGAAAUCUCUUGAUAUACACAACACUGAUGGACUUAGAGAGCUUUGCAAGAAUAGCAUGGUUUUAAUCUUUUUUUCUUUUGAACUUUUUGGUUAUGAAACUGUACAAGUACACAAUGUUGAAUUUCAUCAAAUCUACCUCUGCUGUUUGAAAUGGAAAAAAUAAAUAUGCAGCUAAUUAUCUGGCAACCUCUUUAGCUCAAAGUCACUAUUCUACACAUGUGUAACACAGAUUUUGCAUUUACUUUCUUUUAACAUACCAAUAGUUAAUAAUCAUUUAUUGGUAUGUGCUAUUGUUUGAUAGUAUACAUUAUAAAGGUUUCAGAUGUAUGUGUUCCUUCUUUUGUGGGUAUAAUGAAAAUAAAUGUAACAAGUUCUUUAUUUACUAACAAUAUUCAUACAAAUAAAUGUGAAAAUAAAUGUAAUUCAGAUCUUAUUUAUUACCUGUGUGCUCUCGAAAAUAGUUAAAAUGAAAAGCAAUAACCCAUAUUGUAUUAACUAUAUGGUUUAAAGUGGAAAAAAACUAGAUUCUCCAUUAACCCAGUCAUUAAUAAGCAAAAUAAUGUCAUUAAUAAAAGUCUUUGAUCUUUCCACACUUGUACCAGUUAUGUUUUCCCUAAUACGAGUUUACCAUGGUAUUUUUGCACUUUUCCCAUGUUUUUCCCAUGGUAAUACCAUGUAUUAACCAUAAUUUAUCCUGGUUUACCAUGUUAGUUAAUACAGUUUACCAGACCUCACUGUUUUUCAAAUUGCUUUGCUAUACUUUACCAUGCUUUCACUAUGCUUUAUUUCCAGGGGUUGGCACCAUAUCGAGUGGUGAUGGACAUUAAAAAAAAAAAAAAAAAAAAAAAAACAACAACGUAUUUUCCAUGGACAAACAAAACGGAAGUUUUUUACAAUUACACACGUGUGUGUUAGACGUAUUCACUGCCAUGGACAAUGAUAUCUCUUGCCACGGAUAUUCGUGUCUGUAUAUGGACAAGUUGC